ACAGAAACAGCCUCGGAACUAAAACCAACGUGACAGACUAGAGUCUUAAUAACACCACCCGAGCCAGCAGCAGCAGUUUCAGAGAAAGCCUAAUUUCGUCUAGACUCAAGAACAUACAGCAUACGGAGACUGCUGCAUAAGGAUAACGAUUAAAUUCCAUAUCGAGACUUUAGUGCCAACCGGCUCGAACAAAAACGAACGCAAACCGCAGUGGAUAUGGUUGCAUUGUUCACGUGAAAGGAAGAAAAUCGGUGGUUUGCAGCAGAUCAGCGUUCAGUCGCCCGGAACCAGACUGUGUUGUUGAUUUGUCAAAAUGUUUAAUCGCUGGAAAUAUUGUUACGCUGGUUACCGAUUUCAUUAGAAUCAUUGCAACUAUAUUUGAAUUUGGCCUGUAGUGGAACCAGCGAAGCGAUUCUCCAGCGUUGUGCUACAUCUGUGGAAUUUAUAUUUUUUAUUUUUGACCAUUCGGUUUUAUAGCUGUGUUGUGCAUUUUCUACAUUGAUCUUUUGGCUAUUACCCUCUUAAAUUAUUUGCUCGGCCAACUCAAGCAACUGCAGCCGUCGCUUUGUCUACAUCACAGCAUAGGGGAAUGGAUAUCACGAUACAAAAGUAAAUCUGGACCAGGGUUUGGGUUUCAGAGCCAGGUUUCCUGCACUCUGUGAAGGUCUAAACAUUCAGGCUCUUGCCCAUUUCCCUCUUGCGGUCCCUUAUGCUCAAUGACGGCUGUCUCCGGGACACUGCAGGAUGGAUGAAGUGGAUUUGACAGUUAUCAUCUGUCACCGUCAGUGCUUGAAUCUCUGUGACUGUGUCUUAUGCUUUUACGUUUAUAAAAGAACACCUCCUCUCUUGGGCUCUGGCCCCAUACACUGUAAGAGUAACUGUUAAUAAGGAAUACCCCACGGAGGGGGCCCUCCAACGAACUCUGGUUCACAUUUUCAUAUUUUUUUGCAUAGCCUUUUUUUGUGCCACAGUCAGGUGUUUGUUUAAAACAGAAAAUUUCUAUAAAAGGUUAACGUUUACAUUUGAGUUUCUUCAUUAUAAUUUAUUUAUAAUUUUGGGAUUUUUUUGUUUUGAGAGAUGUCGUCAGAAAAUCCCAACCAGGUGGUGACCUUCUUGGCCCCACCACCUCCAAAGAAUGUGAAUGGCUCUGGUUCUGACUCACAGGUGGGUGAGAAGCUAGACACAGAGGUCAGAAAGCGGCGUCACACCAUGGAUAAAGACCUCAAGACGGCCGAGCACAGAUUUUUUAGGCGCAGUGUCAUCUGUGAUUCCAAUGCCACAGCCCUUGACCUGCCCAGCAAAGCCUGCAUCCUCACCUCACCACCUGACUGUGAGCAGUUUGUUGUGCCUGUAGUGCUGAGCUUGGCCCCUGACAUAACAGUUGACUCCCGGGUGGCUGUUUCAGGAGUCGUAGUGGAAGAACAUGCUGAAGAUAUUGGAAAUGUUGGAAGAGGUGCAGGAGUUGAUGGGACAGUGGAGGGACAGAGUCCAUCUGGUCAGGAUGUAGGUGCGAGGCAGAGUGAGGCUCUUGGGAAAGUGGAGACGGAACCCAGCGAUGUGGGUAACCAGGAGCAGGACAGUGCAGCAGCUGAUAAACGUGAGGAAGAAGUGGCAAAAGCCCGUGCAGAGGCUGAGCAGAGGGAGGCUGAGAAGAAAGUUCAGGAUGACAUUGAAGAAGUGGAGACCAAAGCUGUGGGCACCUCACCCGAUGGACGUUUUCUCAAAUUUGACAUAGAGAUUGGACGUGGCUCAUUCAAAACUGUCUACAAGGGCUUGGACACUGAGACAACGGUGGAAGUAGCAUGGUGUGAGCUUCAGGAUCGGAAGUUGUCGAAAUCAGAGCGGCAGCGGUUUAAAGAGGAGGCAGGCAUGUUGAAAGGGCUGCAGCAUCCAAACAUUGUGCGUUUCUAUGACUCGUGGGAGUCGCCCUCCAAAGGACGCAAGUGCAUUGUGUUGGUGACCGAACUCAUGACGUCAGGUACCCUAAAAACGUAUCUGAAGCGCUUCAAGGUGAUGAAGAUAAAGGUGUUGCGGAGUUGGUGCCGGCAGAUCCUGAAAGGCCUGCACUUUUUGCACACCAGGGCCCCUCCCAUCAUCCACCGAGACCUUAAAUGCGACAACAUCUUUAUCACCGGUCCCACCGGCUCUGUUAAGAUUGGUGAUCUGGGCUUGGCCACCCUCAAACGCUCCUCAUUCGCUAAGAGUGUCAUAGGUACCCCAGAGUUCAUGGCGCCUGAGAUGUACGAGGAAAAGUACGAUGAGUCGGUGGAUGUGUACGCCUUCGGAAUGUGCAUGCUAGAGAUGGCUACCUCUGAGUACCCGUACUCCGAGUGUCAGAACCCUGCUCAAAUCUAUCGCAGAGUCACCAGCGGAGUUAAACCUGGCAGUUUCGACAAGGUAGCCAUUCCAGAGGUGAAAGAGAUAAUUGAGGGAUGUAUUCAGCAAUACAAAGAUGAAAGAUACGCCAUCAAGGACCUUCUGAACCAUGCCUUCUUCCAGGAGGAGACUGGGGUGCGAGUGGAGCUGGCUGAAGAAGACGAUGGGGAGAUGAUUGCCAUCAAGUUGUGGUUGCGCAUUGAAGACGUCAAAAAACUGAAAGGCAAAUACAAAGACAACGAAGCCAUUGAGUUCUCUUUCGACCUCAACAGGGACGUUCCAGAAGAUGUGGCUCAGGAAAUGGUUGAGUCGGGCUAUGUUUGCGAAGGUGACCACAAAACCAUGGCCAAGGCCAUUAGGGACCGUGUGGCCCUGAUCUGCCGCAAGCGUGAGCAGCGACAGCAGGUGCGAGCUGAGCAAGAGAAACGUAAGCAGGAGGAAGAACAGAAGCAACUGUCCAGCGAGUCUUUGAAGAACGUGUCUGGUCCUACAGGAACCCAAGGUUCUGCACAGAAUCACUGCGGAUCCCAGCCCACCACACCUGGCCUCAUACAACCUGAGUCUGAAGAGCUUGAGGCAGACCAGCAGCUUCAAUACUCUCAAGUAGCUGAUGGGACUUUUGACAGUGGUCAGGGUUCUUCUGUAUUCUCAGAACCUCACCUCAGCCAGCUAAACAUGUCUUAUAGUUCACCGCCAACAUCACAACCGCAGCAGGUGCCUGGACAGGGUGCCUACCCUCCCACCUCUCAGGCUCUCCAACAGCACACUGCAUAUCCCCAGCAGCCCAUGCCACAGUCAGUGAGUCAGCCGUACAGUGGAGGAGGCUCAGGUCUGGUCGAGCCCCCGAUAUUUUUCCCCACCAUUCCGGAGCGGCCUGUCUCUUUCUCACCCCCUCCGUCUUGCCCGCCUAAAGGUUUCAACGUGCAGCGGCGCAAGAGCACCUCCAUCCUGGAGGCCCACACACGUCACUUCCAGCCCGCCUACCACCGCAGCUACGGCAGCAGCCUGCACCCGUUGUCCGGCGUAGAAGCCAUUGGUCCUGGUGUUGAGCCCUCCUUGUUCAUGAUGCAAGGCACAGUGGCUCAAAGAUUAGCCGUGCCACUGCAUCUGCAGCCUCCGACAGAGUCUCUAUACUGUUACAAAGAUGUGAGGGCAGAGCAAGAGGAGACAGUCCGCAGGCUGAGUCUCAACCAGGCUGCAUUAAUGGACCAUCUUGAAGCAAUGGCCUAUGCCAGUUACCCUAUGACACCACAUCAGUUAAGCCACAUCAGUUUCCAUCAGCAGAUGCAGGCGGCCGCUGCUGCCAGCUUGGCCUACGAGGCUCCACCACAGCCUGGGCCAGCUUACCUGCACCCUCAUGUCCAGAGCCACACACGCUUGACCCACAGUCCCAUCCCUCAACUGCCCCCCAUGAGUGUGCCUAGUUCGGCCCCUGUGGCAGCUGCUGAAUCAGGCUACCAACCCCACUCGUUUCCCCAUUCCGCACCACCUGUGCUGGCCCACACAGCCGAGCCUAGCACGGCUUUUGAAUUUCACAUGCACAACCUCCAAGCAGACCCAGCCAUGCUGGCGUCCAGACUAUACCGAGCCCGCCGCGGCCCCAUGGACCUUAACAUGGAGGAAGGGUCCAGCAACCCAGGCAUAUGCGGUCGGUUGCAGCCCGUCACGGAAGAACUCUACAGCUACGUAAGCCCAGAGCUGCCCCUUCCCCCAGGUAACCUGCUUCUCCAUGGACCCAAAGACCACAGUCCUGAACCUUCAAGUGACUCAGUGACCUCCUCCGAUGCUGGGGAGUUCCACUCACCUCCCCCUCAUCCAUUGUACCAACUUCCGGACUGUUCUGCUGCUCAAUCCAUUCCACAGACUUCUUAUUACAAAACAGAUGGAGGGAGCAAUGUCAGCGACGGACAUCCACCCAGUCAGCCAUCGUUUUUGUUUGUUCCACCUUCUGAGUCGACCUGCAUUCCGACCUCGAACAUCAACACUCUGCACGGUACCUGGGCCCGGCAAACAACCCUUCAACCGGACCUCACAUUCCACGAACCUGCACUGUCCCAUCAGGGCGCUGCCUUGCAGGUGCAGGUCCCCAUUACCCAGUCCACAAGUGCUGUGUCCCUGGUUUCCUGCAGCACCCCAUCGGCCGUCAUUGCUCCUCAGCAGUAUGGAGGUUACUACGUCCAAGCACUCCCUUCGCAGGCUGCUGUUCCGCAGCAGGUCUCUCAUGUGCCCACGUCUCUGCCUGGUGUUUCAGUACCCCAACAGCAAGCUCCCCAACAGCCUCCCAGCACCGUGGUUCAGAUCACCUCCCAGACACAAAUGCAGCAUGGGGCACAGCCCUCACAGACAUCUCACACCAUCUCUCAGACUUUGACAACAGAGUUGUCACAACUUCAAACUCCGGCAGUGGAGAGCUGUCACUCUGAUGUGGCCUCUGGCCUCAGUGAUGGCAAUGAGGGCAUAACAGGAGGCAGGCAUGAGGGCCGUUCUGUCAAACGGCACCAGCGAAGAUCAGUGCGCAGCCGUUCACGCCAUGAAAAGACCUCAAAAGCCAAGCUCAAUGUUCUCAAUAUUUCCAGCAUGGGUGAUAGAGUUGCGGAGUGUCAGUUAGAAACACACAACAGGAAAAUGGUGACUUUCAAGUUUGAUCUCGAUGGAGAUAACCCAGAGGAAAUUGCACAGAUAAUGGUUCAGAGUGAAUUCAUUCUAGAGAGUGAGCGCGAGUCCUUCAUUGAGCAGAUCCGAGAAGUUAUAGAAACAGCAGAUGAGAAAGGUGUGGAAAGAGAACGUAGCCAGACUGUCACCGAUCAAGAGCAACAUAAACCUACCACAUCUGCACCUCUUGAGCAAGGUAUCCCGCCUAGUUCAGCUGCCCAGGUGGUCCACUCAGCAGGCCGCAGGUUUAUUGUGAGUCCAGUGCCCGAGUCCAGACUGAAGGAUCAGUUCUUCAGUUCACCCCAACCUACAGUACCCCUUCGAGAAGAGCCUUCAUCCUUUGCACCACCUGCCCUGGGGCUCUCUAUGUCUGCGUCUGCAGUCAGUCUGCAGCAGGCGUUCUCUGAGAUGCGUCAAGGCCGGUUUGACCCUGGUCCCAGCACUGCGCCGCCAAUGCUCCAUGCCACAAUGCCUCCUCUAGUACCUGCUGCAACACCCUUGCCCUCUAAUGCUGCCCUGGUGGCUUCUCCCCCACUAGCACCAGUGUCUUCUGAAGUAAUUUUCUCACCAUCUUUACCUUUCAUCUCAGUCAACCCACAAGGGUCAUCAUCACCUCCUCCUACCCUUCCGCAGGUGCCUGCCUCUGCCAUGGCAUCCCCUGCGACCCAUCCACAGCCUGGCACUCAGCUCUCUUUGCCUACAGGUCAGGUUAUACCUUCCGUCAUCAGUGUUAAUUCCUCUACCUCCUCUCUGCCCAUGCCAGUUGUGUCCAACACCAUCCCCUCCUCUGCACCAUUUCCCCUAACCUCAGUCCCUAUGCCAGCACCCAUUAGCACACCUGUACCCACUGCCCCCAUCCCUCUUGCUCACCCUGUGACUCCUAUGAAUAUUGUGGGCUCUGUUUCCGGAGGAAGUGGUGAACAGCCACCCAACACUUCCACCACUGCUCAGCUCUCACUGGCAGUGAUCCCUACCACAGCCAUUCAGACACCACAACUCGCACCAUCCACCAUCGCCACUACGGUUAUUCCCGCAACAGUUGCCCAGUCACAAAUGCCCACCAUCCAACCACCUACCACCAUCAUGCCAGUCGUGCAGCCCACCCCCGUGCACAGCCAACCUCAGAGUGCCACCGUGCCCAACCAAAGCCACGCACAUUGUGUGGAGUGCGACAGCGACCCGCAGGGAAAAUGCGUCGAUGACAUCCAAGCUUUGGAUAAGAAGCUGCGCUCUCUAUUUAUGGACCUGGGCUCUGGUCCUCUCUCUGCCCAGACAGAUGCAACAGACUCCAUGACUGCCCCAGGCGUCUCUGGCACUUCCUCACCAACUACCUGUGCCACCCCUUGUGGCACCCCUCUUCCUCCAUCUAGUUUACCCCUAAACUCCUCCAGCCAGCCUACAGGCUCCCCGAUGAGCGCUAUGGGUAAUCCCUCCACCCCUGUGGGCUACGGUCAGACGACCUCAUCCAAAGCUCCGUUAUCAAGAUUACCGGUGUUGCCUGUCGGCCCAGAUCAGGCUGGCACGCCGCCCACAGAGCACCUACCACCCUUCCCAGGACCUUGUUUAACUCAGUCCCAGCAGCCUCUGGAAGAUUUAGAUGCCCAACUGAGAAGGGCACUGAGUCCAGAGACCGUCCCAAUCAACAGUGUCACACACCAGUCCUCUCUCACCGGGAUGCCACCUGGAGGACAGCCAGUUCCGUUUUCUCUGGAUGGAGAGCCUGCACCUGUACCUGCAGUUGGAGGCUACAAACGAUUCCAGAUGUCAGUAGCUCCUGAUGAGAGUGACCAACAGGCUCCUACCUGCACACAGUACUCAUCUUCCACAUCAUCUUCCUCCACAACUACCUCCUCCUCAUCCUCCUCCACUCUCUCUAGCCCUGAAAACACGCUGCACAGAACCUCCUCUCCCCUCAGAAGCGCAACAACAGAUGUGGUCGAUGGCCUCCCUGCUUUUCCCAGCCAGAACGCCACCUCCCCCCAGCCCACCACCAUCGGCCGUUUUCAGGUCACAACCAAGACGGACACCAAGGUGGGGCGUUUCUCUGUGAGCAGCGCCCAGGAUGAGGGUCCUUCUGCUAGCCUGCAACCCCCAGAACCCCAGCCAGUACCACAGGCCCAUCCAGCCAACGGUCCAACCCAGAGUACUGGCAGCCUUAACAACUCCGUCAGCUCCUACUUCAGCAGCGACAAUGACUCUGAAUUUGAAAACGAGGACUUCAAGAGGGAAGUCUGCAAGCUGAGGGAAAAGCACAUGAUGGAGAGUCAGGCCCUGUACAGCCGACAGAAGGCAGAGAUCGAUGCUCUUUUUGCCCGCUUAGGCAAAGUUCCACCCGCUAUGGUCAACCCGCCUUUAGUGAACCCGGCUUGUCGCAGACGACGUCCCACCAAGAGUAAAAGCAGCAAAUCCAGCCGCAGUAGCUCCCAGAGCAGCAAGAGUCCCAUACAGCCAGCAGCCAGCACUUUAUCAGCGCAGAGCGCUCCCUCCUUGUACCCGCCCCAACAGGGGUUCCUGGCCCCUGGGGGGAUGAUAGAUGGAGGGAGCAGCCCUCUGCUCCAGUCCUUCAAGCCCUCUAAUGAGAACCUGUGCUCCGCUUACACCAGUGACGCCACACUCUCUGCGCCCAGUCUGUGUGUCAACUCGCAAGGGACGAGCAGUACCAACACAGUGGCAGGAAAUGGUCCAAAUCAAAUCCAGCCAUCCAUCUCUCAGUCCCAGAGCUGCAAGGGCAUGUUCACAGACGAACUGCACAAGUUGGUGGACAACUGGGCCAGGGACGCCAUGAACCUGUCCCAGGGCAAGAAAGGCUCCAAGCACCAACAACAGGCUCCUGCUCAUGGCCACAGCUAUGACAUGGUCCCUCCUGCCAACAUGGGCCGUAAAUACUCUGCUCCAGGCCAGCUGUGCCCGAGCAUCGCUUCUACUCUGAGCGGUCACCCACCUGUGGCCAACACUCCCGCUACCUCUAUGGGGGCCCGGAAGGGCUCCUUGUGCCCCACGCCGCAAUAUGGCUACUCCUCCGCAGCUUACAGCACCCAGUGGGCUGGCUCGGCCACUCACACCCAGGCUGGCCUGCUGGCCACCUCCCAACCCCUAGGCCAGUUUCCACAGGUGCCCGCCCCCAUACAGACCUUUCACAUGAGCACUUUGCAAAAGUCAGUCAGCCACCCCGGCGGACCCAACCUGAAGACCACGUAGGGCAGGGCUUUGCCACACCAAGGCAAAAUAACUCUGAGUUGGGGGUGGGGACAGUCACAGAGAGAGGCAUGGGCUCUAGACUUAGGGGAAGUGGCUUUGGCGUAGGCUUGGGCAAGUGUGAUUGUAUUACAGUCUUGUCCUAAAGAGUCGGCACAAAAGAUUCGGUCACAAGUAUUCUUUUGGAUCAUGGAGGGAUUGAAUAGGAUAGAGCAAAGAUCAAAUACAUAAAGGAAGGAGAUGCCAGAAUGCACAUACAUCAAACCUGUCGAAUACGCCAUGGGGUGAAUGCACGAUGAGAAAACGCAAAUAAUGCAAUGCACACAAGAGUGCAAUGUUAAGUGGCCAAAGAAGGUUGGACAAUUUGUAUUGUUUAAAAUCUCUUAAGGUGUGUAAUGACGGCAUCCUUCACAAUUCACAUGUAUAUUGAGGUUUGCUGAGCUAAGACAGAAUGUACACCACCUCCAACCUCCCCAGCUGCCUCUGUUACAUCCUCCUGAUAAAUUUGCAUUCGCUGACUGGCCUCAAACUGGAGCAGGUCGAGAAAACGGAGGCUGAAUUGGAGCCGGGCGAAUGACGGUGUGUCCUUGUUCCCGUCUUGCCCUAAACCCUCUGCUGCAAUGCCAUGGAAUAAUGCAAUAAUUACAAAAUUAGAAAAAAGCCCAUUUUAAAUCCCCAAAAGUGGCCUUCAUUCAAAAAAAAAAAAAAAAAAUCUGUGUACAGAUUACAGAUGAGGGUUAUGAUUCCAUUUGUUCCUUCGUUUGUUUGUAUUGUUGGUUCAUUUAGUCCCUAUGCCCUUCAAGCUGGCCUUGUGUAGCAGAAUGCUAGGGAGAGUUUUUUGUUUUUCAUAUUCAGAGGCCUUUCAGCUGCCCCCAAGUUUUGUACUACAAAGCUCUACUAGAGCUCCCAGCAUGUUUUUGCUGCAAACUCGCAUGCAUGCCACCCUCUCUCGUUUCUCUCAUUGGGUCAAGGAGGUGUCUUGUAAUCGUGUAAUAUAGUUUCUAAAAUCAGAGCUAUUCCAUUGGAGGGGGAUUUCACCAUAGUGGUCACCUUUCAGGUUGGCUUUAUUUGUUAUUAGAUUGGAUUGGAUCGGUCCCCUGCACACGCGCUCACACGUACUACUGCCUUGGAGGCCCGUGAAGCUUUAAAUCUGUUAUCUAUGACUAAUGUAAUAGCGUUUUUGAAUCAUGGCAGCAUUAGGGGCCUCUUGAGAUAGUUUGAUUGAGAUAUUCAAAUAAGAGUUGUGUUCUGUAUGGACCUUUAUUUACUCAUCAGUUUUUGAUGUUGAAACACUGUGAUUAUUAUGAAUGUUGUUGGACAACAUUAGUUUAAAUGAAAGGUAGAAAUAAAAACAUGAAAAUCGGAGGGUUGUGGAGAUUAGCGUUCAUGAUAUGUAAGGCUAGCUAUUUCAUUAUUCGCAACUUAUUUGAGACACUUUAACCUUUUAUUUUUUUCCCCUUUUUACUUUAUUUACUUUAUAUCGAUAAAUGUGAAUGUAAAAUGGUUUCAUUUAAUGUAUUUGAAGAAACUUCCCUCUGUCCCCACACCCAGUGAGCUUUCUGAAGAUUCUAGUGCCUUGCAUUCAUUUUGUUUUUUUGUUUUGCUUUGGGGUUUGAUAUAUUAGGCAGAAGAGAUUCUCAAGCGUUGCACUUAGUUGCAGUGCUUGUCUUUGGACUUCAAGGAGGGUGACUUUUGGUAUUUUAUGGGAAAGAAGUAUUGUUAUGGGUGCCAUUUUGAUUUGGCUAUGACUGAAACCAUUUGAUGGCACAGUCCUAAUCUUUGGGCAGUUAUGAGAACAAGUCAUGAAGAGUUUUGAAGCUUGGACUGUCAUAUGUUAGGUGCACAUCCAGCCAUGAAAUCAUAAGAACUUGAGUUUGACUUGGAAAAUGGAAGGGGUUUCUUUUUAAAGGCUUGGUGUCUGUGAAAGUGCUAGAGGGUUGGGUUUUAGAUACUUUGUUACUUGGUAUGCAAGCAAGCAUAAGUGUGCCUAAUAUCAGUGCACCCUUCCAAAGCAUAGAUGAAUCAUUUGAACACUGCUUUUGACAAAAUCACACUGUCCUUGUUGUCUGGUUGGAUUCUUAAAGGGAUAGUUUACCCAAAAUGAAAAUGAUGGGUGAACUAUCCCUUUAAAUGCCCCAACCAGUUCUUAUAAAGGUGAGGGACCAGCCCAGAUAGAGAUGCGGGACAAGAAAAGUUAGUGCACAUAAGACCGUAUGUUGUAAGUAUUUCCAAAUAUCCAAUAGCUUGGUGUUUUUGCAAUAACUAAACACAUGCAUGCUUAACUGGUUGACAGUGUCCAGAGUCAAACCCUCUCCAGAGAGUUUAAAGAGGCACGUUAGGUAUCAAAGCAUGUUUGACUAGUAAACUCAGUUUAGUCUGUGACAGGAAGUUAAAGAAAGCACAGUAAUAGUUCCAGAAAACUGGAAAAAGUUAGCAACCCUCACCAAAACAAGAAGUCCACUGCAUUUAAAGCGCUGGUCAAGUCAAAUGCUUGUAUUUUUUCCUCCAUCCCUUUGCUUUGAACUCACACUGCCUGGACAAGUUCUCAUGUUACAGUACUAGCAAUGGCCUGUCGGUUUUAAGGCAAAUCAGUAGCUUCGUAUGGGAGAUCUUUCUCUGUUGUAGCAGUUUCUCAACAUUUAGUCAAGAGCUGGUCAGAUCACUCUUGUAAAUGCUUUAGUUUAAUCCUAGUAGUAGUAACUGUACACAGACCUGCGACACCAGACUUUGUUUUAGAUUCUCUGUCAUAUUUGAAUGCAAAUUAAUAGAGAAUGGUCCUAAUUCACUAGUAACAACUGUACAGAUCCUUAGAGCAUUUUAUUUGCCGAAUACACAAGCAUAAUGCAGUGAGUGUAGUGGAGACGCAUCACCUUAACUACUGAAAAUAGCUCAAUUACAACUUGUUACAUACUGCUUGGUGUACUGUCUAUGUCAAAUGUCUGGUACCGGAAAACUUCACUUUAGGUCAACAGUAUAGAUUCGCAACUGUUUUCACUAGCCGCAAGAGGCUAUGUUGUACCUCUCUAUAUUUAAAUAACAAUUGUUUUAACUUGAUCUCUUUUGCUUUGUACACAGCGCUUUACCUGUAGACUGCUCGGGUUUUACCCAAUCAAUUUACCGUUACUUGUUUGGUUUUUUUAAACUUUGUCUUUAACAAAGAGGUCCCACCUACUCAGUGUUCGAACCAAUGAAAUCUGUUUAAUAUUACCUUGUGAGUGCCAUGUCCCCCGUUCUAAAUACAACAAAGUGUUAAAUUUGCUCUCCUUUACUGUAGAAGGCGCUAUUGUGACUGCAGUACAGGACAUACAAAGUUAAACAAGAUUCAUUAAUGUGACAACAUAUUUGCAGUUUACGAAAACGACAGAUAUGUCCCUAAACUCACAGCAUAUUUUGGGAUGCAAAACUUUUUCUGUUGUGCUUAUGUGCAAGCCAUUCAGUACUGGCAUACACAUUCAGAUUAUUAACAUUUUUGUCUUGGGGGAGCAAAAACAAUCAAAUUAAAAACUUUUUUAUAUAUAUAUAUUAUAUUCUGGUUACAUGUUACACCACCACAAGCUACAGAAAAUGCACAGAAAUUCACUCAAAAGUGUCUAAUAAUUGAAUGAAACCCUUCUUUGUUUUACUUUCUAGUCGCUCCCAUGUGGAAAGAAAUACAACAGAACAAUGUUUACUUAAUGCUACUGACCUGUCAUUAGGUUAUUUUGUUUUGUACUACUACUUCAUUCAGUGUUUUAUCUGUAUGAUAUUUAACAUUUUACAAAAUGUUAAAAAAAAAAAAAAAAAAAAAGUUACAUAAAAUGAAAACCAAACAAAAACAUGUAGGGAAUCAUCGGCAAAGUUUAACUAUAUGUUUUGCACUAAGUAUAGAAUGUUCAAGCUUCAUAUAAAACUACGCUUUGCGCUCCAAUAAAACAGCAUUUGUUACCUUAUUUGUAAACUUAAUAAAAGUCAUUUAAAUAAAUCAA